GUUAACUGCUCUUCCUCUUUUCACUCUGCAGCGUUAUUCAGUCACACAGAACAUCUGAGGACGACCGCCAACCUCUCAGGCCUGCCGUCUGUGGUCGACGCUGGUAAGCCCAUCAUAGACAACAUUACAGACGCCAUCUAUGGCAGCAGGAAGACCAUCUGUGUGAUCACCCGGCGAUACCUGCAGAGCGAGUGGUGCUCCAGAGAGAUCCAGAUGGCCAGCUUCCGCCUCUUUGACGAGCGGAAGGACGUGUUGAUCCUGCUGUUUCUGGAGGAGAUCCCGGCCCGCCAGCUGUCUCCGUACUACCGCAUGAGGAGGCUGGUGAAGAGACGCACCUACCUGAGCUGGCCGCAGGCCGGCCAACACACGGGAGUCUUCUGGCAGAGCGUACGGAGAGCUCUGGAGACCGGGGACGCUCCCACCGAGACCACUAACCCCCUGACUGGACCAGCAGGAUGCUGACAAUAUUACUGAACCACAGCAGAGUGUAUCUGUGGAGCUUCUCAGGCUGGAUGAUCAGAACCAAACAGCUAACUUUCCACUUCAGGAACUUAAAAACACAAAACAUAAUGUGUAUCCAUGGUCUUUGGUUCUGCUUUUGUUCCCCAGUUCUUCCACUGCAUUGGGGGCGAGUUCCUGUACCUAAACUUAAAUAAAAGGAAGCGAUACUAAAUCCAAGUUCAGAUACUCUUGGGGGAAGAAAUGCAACAACUGGUGUGCAGCGUGGUAAUUAACAGCGGUGGAAAGUAACUAAGCACAUUUACUCAAGUACUGUUCUUAAGUACAGCGUUGAGGUACUUUUACUUUACUUGACUAUUUAAAUUUUCUGCUACUUUAUACUUCUACUCCACCACAUUUCAGAGGGAAAUAUUGUACUUCAUACUGCACUACAUUUAUCUGACUUUAGUUACUUUUACUGUGCCAUAGAUAAAACUAUCCAACAGUAUCUAAAGUAGUUAAAAUGUACCACACCUCCACCAGGUGUAACAUUAAAAUGAUGUACACAUUAAUGCAUUAAUUAAUGAAAAUCAGUUUCAGUAAUAUGAUCUCUCUCUCUCUCAUAUAUAUAUUUAUAUACACACUGUAUAUAAUAAUAUAGAGUAUAUAACAGUGGGGUGUUUUUUAGAUAUUGCGUAUUUCUUCUGCUACUGGUAAUUAAUAAUGCAGGACAUGUGUUUAGAUAAACACUGCAGGGAUGUUUCAAUAUACAGACGAUACUCUGAUUCACAAUAUCUGACGUAUGUUUUGUUGCAUUGCUGCAAUGAUUUUUCCAUUUGUCUGUGUAAACUGUUGACUGUUGCUCAGUAUUGGGAGUAUAUACAGUAUAUACAUUUCCCAGUAACGUUCAGGUAUUUUCAAAAUCAUGUAGUUUCCAGUAGUGAACUGUUUUCCACUCAGAAACCAAACGCUGCAUCACUAAAAACUCAGAAAUGACUGCUGUUAAUCCUGUCGUACAAUAUGUCGUAUAUAUAUAUAUAUAUAUAUAUAUAUAUGUUAUAUGUGCUCAGUGCUGAAGUUUAAAUAUUUUAAAUGUCUCAAUAAACUGGCUGUUUAUUUUAUUGCUUUUGUGUAUUUUAUUUCUCUUGUUGUGAAGCACUUUGUACUUCGUUUUGAUAAGUGCUCUAUAAAUAAAUAAAGUUUUAAUAUAUUAUUAUGUUGAUUUUUUUGAGCUUUUGAAUCAUUGUAAAUAAGUUCAAAUGUUUUAAAAUCAUUUAAAUGUCAGAUAUUGUACAAGAGUUACUGUUGAAGAAACAAUUAAAAAGCUUCAUUUGAAGCGCUGAAAGGGUUUGAAGCGUUAGUUUAAGUGAAAGCAUUGAGGUGUCAGUUUGAAGCGAUAGUGCUGAAAACAGUUAAACUGUUGAACACUGUGAUUACUGAAAGCAGUUGAAGAGUAAGAGAUGAUUUACUGCAUGCACAUUUAUUCCUAUAUGAGUUUUUCAGAAGUGAAAAAGGCUGAAUUGUCUUAAUUGCUCGGUGCUUAAAAUUUGCAGUUGAAAUGUUUUGAAAUAAAAAUGUCUUUGAAACAAUGUAAACAUGUUUUAAAAUGUAAAUUCUUUACAUGCGAGAUGAAGUGAUUGCCAUAAAAAUUGUAUUUCAUUGUGAAGAUCAUGUUGAAUAAUUUUAAUAAUCUAGUGCCUUUUUCUUGCAAAUUAAGGGAAAAGUUAGGCCUUAAAUCCAGAGGUUUAAGGAGCCUGAGUUUAUAUUAUGGGAUGUUUGUACUGUGUAACUCGUGGAAUAAUUAAAGUGUUUAAAGGUUUUGAUGACUGAAA